AUGUCAAAUCCACACCAACUCCCACCUCCCGUGAGCGCAAAGCCAAAACGCCGAUUCUUCGACCCGUGGAACUCGUCAUCGACUGGACACCAAAGAGCAGACAACAGCCUGGCGGGCAGCACGAGUUGGCGCGAGUCGCGCAGUCUAAAACUCAGCAACCAGUUCGGCGGCGGUGCUUCGGGCGGUGCACGAGUUGCAGAUAGCGUCGGGGCUGGCAGUGAAGACUUUGGCAAAGACGGUCGACUGGAAAAUGGAGAUUGGGCUAAGGGUGCACCUGGUCUGAGGGAAAGAGGCCAGAUCAGUGUGGUGGAAGCUUUCAGAGUCAAGAAAGGAGGUGACUCGUCCCAAGAGCGGGAAGAGCAAGUGUCAAGUUAUGAGGAAAAGCUGCUAGGCGAGAAGUCGAGUCCAGACGAGCAGGCGCAGGAUGCCAGACACGACGAGGAUGCAGAACGUGCGACGACGCCAAAGCCCCCUCAGGUUUUUGCGGAAACAUGCAUCUACAUCAAUGGCAGCACAUUUCCAACAAUAUCGGACCACAAGUUGAAGCACCUUCUCGUAACACAUGGUGCACGUCUCAGCAUUCACCUUGGACGUCGCUCUGUCAGUCACGUAAUUCUGGGUCGAGCAAAUGGGUCGAGUGUUCCUGGAGCUGGCGGUGGACUCUCGGCUUCAAAGAUGCAGAAGGAAAUAGCCAACAUUGGAGGCAAGAAUGUCAAGUUUGUCACGGCGGAGUGGGUUAUGGAGAGUGUGGCUAAUGGAAAGAGAGCACCUGAACAAAAGUUCGAGGCUGUGAGAUUGGCUCUGAAGGGUACAGGGAGAGUUGAGCAGAUGUUUGCGAAUGCUGCUGUGAAGAAGCAGUGA